UUUGAGUUACACUAGUAAUGUUUCCCAAAUUGGUUUGAUUUGUUUUUUAAACAUUAGAGACAAAGCCCACGCGGUUGAAGGGUAAACUUGAAUAUUAUCAGUUACUCAGGGGACUUCAAAGCGAGAGGAAAAUGGCCAAUCAAAAAGUGAUGACUGUGCGUGGUCCAGUAGAUCCGAAUGUGCUCGGUUUUACACUCACUCACGAGCAUCUUUGCCUCAACCUAGGUAAUUUCUACACCGCAGCCCCGUCCGAUGUGGAAGCCUUUCUGGAUAAGAAAAUUAAACUGCACAAUGUAGGAUACGUACGGCAGUAUCCGUACAGCAGCAAAUACAACCUGGUUUUGGAUGACGACGAUGCAAGUGAUGCGGUUCAGCAGGAUGUGAUCCAGUACAAGAAACUGGGAGGAAGCACAAUUGUUGAAAAUACGUCUCACGGCUUAAGCAGAAAUCUGAAACAGCUGCAUGCGCUUUCGACGGCAACCGACGUCCAGAUAGUGGCAGGCACGGGACAUUAUAUUCAGGCUGCACAACCGGAUUCAGUGCUCAGUAUGACGAUUGAAGAAUUGGAGGAUUUAUACACUAAAGAAAUACUGUUUGGAGUAACGAUUGCUUCCGACACAGCAGUUUGCUGUGGGCUAAUCGGUGAAGUUGGCACAUCAUGGCCAAUCACGUCGUUUGAGAAGCGAACAAUCCAAGCGACUGCCGAAGCGCAAAGCACUCUACAAUGUCCGGUAUCAUUUCAUCCCGGAUUAGUCCAGGAAGCACCAUUCGAGGUGGUUCGCCUCUACUUGGAAGCCGGAGGAAAAGCCGACAAAUGCGUCAUGAGUCACAUGGAUUUGACGAUGCACGCUACUGAUGAUCUUCUCGAAUUUGCCAAACUAGGCACCUAUUGUCAGUUCGAUUUGUUCGGCAACGAGUGCUCCUACCAGCAGUUGGUACCACAAAGUUACAUGCAGAGCGACGAGCAGCGGAUUCAGCACAUCCUGGAAUUGAUUGAGGAAGGCUUUGCUGAACGGAUUCUGCUGUCGCACGAUGUCCACACUAAACAUCGACUGACUAGCUUUGGAGGACACGGUUACGGUCAUAUUCUAACAAACAUCCUAAUGCGUUUAUCGUUGAAAGAUGUAAACAAGGAUACUAUCGAUAUGAUUACGGUAGAAAACCCCGCUAAAUGGCUAGCAAUGCCAAAAUAGAAGAAAAUAACCAUUACAUUUUCUUGAAAGUUUGAAAAAUAUUACUG